AAGUGUAAUUCGGGUAUACUUACUUGAAAGUCAGAAGUUGGUGGUCCAAAACUGGCGGGAAGGUCAAGCGGUCAAGCUUUCAAGUUCAAGUCGAGCUAAAGGAUGCUUUUCUGAUCAUGGUUCGCUGUGAGCCAGGGAUUCGAAAGCCGAAGCGCCCAUUGUCAUAUGUAGACUCGGGCUCGGAGCCGUUCACACUUGCCACUACAGUUGCUUCAUCGUUGUACACGAACGUCUUUAUGUAUGGACGCAAUUCGAGUACCGAAAGUCCCGGACGUAUUAUGCAGCAAGUCAGGCAGUACCAGCUCUGGCACACUUCAUCUUACAACCCAUCACCUCAUCUUCGUCUAUGAUGACUCUACAAAGGAAGAGAUAGGACAGGCACCCUACCCACUCAUUUCUUUGGUUACGCGGCUACCGCAGACAUUGAGUGGCUUGUAUCCAUUGACCGUUCAUACCCGAACGUUCGAAACGUUCACGCUCUCAUUCAAGGCACUUCAAGACGCAGUGGAUGUAUUUGAGAGUAUCAAAGAGCUGACUGUUGUCACCACUAUCAACCAGCUCUAUGCCUUUUUCUAUACCCCGAAUCCCCCCUUCAACCCCACGAAUGGUUGGUCAAUAUAUAACCCCAGAGAAGAGUUCGGUCGGAUGGGUGUCGGCACUAGAACGAAAGCCUGGAGAUUUACUGACCUGAACAAAGAUUACUCAUUCUCUCCUACAUACCCUGCCAAGUUGGUGGUCCCGACACGAAUCAGUGAUACGACCUUGCAAUAUGCUGGGAAGUACCGCAGUAAAUGCCGCAUACCAGCUCUCACAUAUCUUCAUUGGGCGAACUAUGGGAGCAUCACUCGUUCGAGCCAACCAAUGGUUGGCUUGACUGCUAACCGUUCGAUACAGGAUGAGAAGUUAAUUGAAGCGAUCUUUCAAACUCAUCAUUUUACGGAGAGCCGUGCUGCCGCCGCACCAGUGUACGGGGCAACUAAAACUAACCUCAUCAUUGACGCACGCCCCACCGCUAAUGCCAUGGCCAAUACAGCCAAAGGUGCAGGUACGGAGAACAUGGACCAUUACAAGGAUGCCAAGAAGGCAUACCUAGGAAUCGACCAUAUUCACACAAUGCGUGAAUCUUUGGCCAAAGUGGUGGAGGCAUUGCGAGAAACAGAGAUGGUAGCCGCAAGUGCUGGCGGAACAGUUCCUGGAGAGAAUAUGGCGGUACCUAUUCUUGACAGGCAAGCCCUGAGACGCUCUGGCUGGCUUCGCCACAUCUCUGCUAUCAUGGAGGGAACAGUACUUAUUGUUCGAAAUGUGCACAUCAACUCCUCGCAUGUGCUCAUUCACUGCUCAGACGGGUGGGACAGGACUGCGCAACUCUCUUCCUUAUCACAACUUUGUUUGGAUCCGUUCUACAGGACUAUACGCGGAUUUCAAAUUCUAGUGGAGAAGGACUGGUUGUCGUUCGGUCACAAGUUCUUAGAUCGCUGCGGCCACCUGUCUUCAGAGAAGUUCUUCCUCGCCCCCGUGGAAAAUACCAGCAACGCAAGUGGCGCAGAGGCCGCGCAGGCGUUCUUUGCUUCUGUACAGAAUCGCUUUACUUCACAGAGUCAUAUCAAGGAAACGAGCCCUGUGUUCCAUCAAUUCCUCGAAUCCGUUCGGCAGCUCCAGCGUCAGUUUCCUGAACGAUUCGAGUUCAAUGAACGUUUUCUCCGGCGACUUCAUUAUCACUUGUAUUCAUGCCAGUUCGGUACGUUCUUAUGCAACACUGAACGCGAGCGGCGCAUAGGGGAUGGCGAACGUCCUCCCUGCGAAGCUACAGUUAGCGUCUGGGACCUUUUCAAUUCGACAGCAGAGAACGGACUCAACCUGAACCCUGAUUACGAUCCCUCCUUGGACGAUCCUGCCAGCCGCAGACCAAAGACCGAUCAAGGCGUGCUUUUGCCGAACCCCAAGGAUGUACGAUUCUGGCACGAGUUGUAUGGACGCACCGAUGAGGAGAUGAACGGAAGGUUCGUGGUGAAACAAGCCGCCCAAGAACCUGAAUAUGUCGCUCCUGUUGUGACCAUACAAGACGGCCCUGCAGAUGCCCCACUACCGUUGGCUCCUUCGAUACCCCUUCCGCCGUCACCUUCACCUUCUCCCGCGCCUGCUGCAGGGAGUCCUUCGUCACUAGCCGGACAAGCGCAGAGAGCUGUUUCUCCUCCGCCGCCAAAGACCACCAUGCUUGCCUCCAGCUCUGCACCAGCCCUGAACCAGCGAACUAGACAUGACAGUUUGAGACCUUUUGAUACAGAUGCUGAAGGUUCUGCCUUUACUCUGAAGACCCAGGGUUCAAGAUGGUCUUCACGACCGGCUUCACCAAGCCGAACCGCGAGCCUGCGAGCUCCCCUUUCACCUCGAGCCACGACUAGCCAACCGUCAGCAGAUCUCUUCCCGGGUGGUGUACGUUCGAUGUGGGGAAAGCUUUCUUCCAAUGCAUCAGCUGCCUUCUCGGCUGUCCAGGAUGCCUAUGGUGGGGUGACGAAAGACUUGAAGGUCUUAUCAAUCUCAGCAAGCGCGUCAAGUUCACAAGUUGAUGGCGGGGGAGAGCUCAAGAGUAAGGAGGAGUUGGGUGCGACCUGGGUGUCCGAGGGGCUGUCGUCCACUCGAACCACCAGUCCUUCGUACACGCUUGGUUCUUCCACAAAUCCUUGGUCAACCGCAUCCGCACGUCCUAGUUUGCCAUCAAUGUUUGUGGAUAACCCAUGGAGUUCGGUUAGCGCAUCACCGACGCAAUUGCAAUCUCUUCGAGCAGACACACUUUUCGAACCAUCCAGUGGUCUUCCAGUGGAUCCAUCGAUCGCAUUGCCGACUCGUCCACUUUCGCGAAGUAAAUCUCCAUCCUCCGAUCCAUUCUUUGGUGAUCCUGGGCCCAAAAGUCUGCCACCCACGCCUCCUCCAGCUAAUUCAGAUGACAUAAGUUCUUCCGCCGGGGUUCCUGCUUCGGACCCAUUAGGUGUUGGUGUAUGGACAUGAGCACACGGACCUCCAGUUGUACCAUAUCAAUUGUACUGUUCGAUGUAUGUUUAGCACAUAGACAGAGACGUCAUUUAGUCGACCACUCUCUUCAAACACCACCUGAUGUACUUAUAUAUCAGCUGUACGCAAGCGAGCACGCAUUUUAGAUGAAUACGUUUUGCUGCUUUCCU